AAACACAGGACUAACGAUUGACUGAGACACACAAGGUGCUGGUGGAACUCAUGACGGCAUCAGUGGAGGGAACUAAACAGUUGACAUUACAGGCCAAGACCCUUCAGCAGGGCUGGAAAGGAAGGGGGCUGCAGCCAGACUAAGAAGGAGGGGCAGACGAUGAAGAUCCCUAUCCUCAUAUAUGCUUCUGAGAUCAAGACUUCCCACACGCAUACCUCAGUGUUCCAGAGUGAUAUUCCCAAAAAUGUUUCAGCGGAAUAUUCCACUGGAAGGAUAAGUGAUCCAACUUUCCCGGGAACGAGGUGUUGGAAAUCUGGAGUGAGCGAUAAACUGCUGGAACAAUUCAGUGCGUCGAACUGUAUCUGUGAGGGAUGGGAUGGUCAACCAAUUGGGUAGAGACCCUGCGUCAGGACUGAAGUUUUUCAAGAUUGAGAGCUGAGGAAUCUUUUGGAGGAGACAGGCACUGUCUGGGUGUGUUCCCACGAGCGAUGGACCAGGCCACACAAAGACUCAGUCCCCUCCCUGUGGUUGUAAUCGGGAAUGGGCCCUCUGCCAUUUGUCUGUCCUACUUCCUGUCUGGAUAUCGGCCUUACUUUAAGGAAUCUUCAGUCCAUCCCAAUCCAAUUCUUCAACGGAAAUUGGAGGCAAAUCUGAGGAGAUCCAUCGUCGAUCAGAACCUGGAGUUCCUGUCUGAGGGAUUGGAGGGCCGUUCCCACAGUCCAGUUGCCGUCCUGUUCGAUUCCAUCCUGCGACCUGAUGCUGAUUUGGGCGUAUCCUUAGAUUCUGUGCUGAGCUGGAGACUUGAACCAGACCAAUACAUUCCUCACCUAGUCCUGGGCAAGGGACCUCCUGGUGGAGCUUGGCAUUCCAUUGAGGGAUCCGUGUUUACACUGAGUCUUGGAGAAUGGAUGGAGUUGCCUGACCUGCCCUUCAGGGACUGGAUGAGAGACAAGAGAAGGUACCUGCGGAACGACAGGGCCAUGACCGCUGAUGUCGCCCAAUAUUAUCAGCACUACAUCCACGCUAAGGAGCUGCAGGAGAACUUUGUGUGUGGGGCUGUCGUCACCUCAGUGAGGAGGCUCAGUCGGCUGCCCGGCAGGGAAGAGCAGACGUGCGCGGACACCCAAACCUCAGAUAACCCUUCUCUUGCGAACCUGUUUGAGGUGAGCGGCUACAGCGUAACAGAGGGCGGCUCAGAGAAGGCUUUCUCCAUCUGCACGGAGAAUGUUGUGCUGGCAACGGGCACCUAUGACAGCUCCACCUGGCUGGGCAUUGAUGGUGAAGAGCUCCCCUUUGUCCAUCACGCCACCUCGGAAGUGGAAACGGUCAUUAAGGAGUACCAGAAGGCAAUGAGCUUUGACCCCAUUUUGAUCGUGGGAGCAGGUUUGACUGCUGCCGAUGCCGUCAUUGCUGCUCGUCAUAGCAACGUCCCAGUAAUCCACGUCUUCCGCAGGCAGGUGAAUGACCCAGGUCUCAUCUUCAACCAGCUUCCGAAACUGAUGUAUCCAGAGUAUCACAAGGUCCACCAGAUGAUGGUCCAGCAGGCGUGCACCAGCACAGGGCCCUACAAUGACUACCUCAGCCUUCCUGGACACCAGGUGGUACGCUUCACCCACGACAAGAAAUGUGUCCUUCAGGACCUGGCGUCAGGAGGGAGCAGGACAGCCAACAUCUUCAUGGCCCUUGUUCUGAUCGGCUCGGAGCCCAACCUGGCCUUUCUGCCUGAUGGUGGAAGAUCUCUGGCCAUCAACCCGGAGCUCCCGAUCAGCACCAAGCGCAACCCCAUUGGCGUGGACCGCUACACGUACGAGUGCACACAAGAGAGGGGGAUGUAUGCCCUCGGCCCCCUGGUGGCCGACAACUUUGUCCGCUUCCUGCAGGGUGGUGCUCUCGCCAUCACCAGUGCCCUGAGCAAGGCCAGAUCCCGCGUUAAUGUCCAGUCCGAAAACAGCCUCUGACCAGCCGAUCGCUGGUGCGUCAAGUCAAAAACGGUGCUCAAGGGUAGGUGUAGGGUCACUUCUGGGAACUACUGUUAUUUUCAGACCAGGGCUGAUGCCAGGCUUUGGUUAGCACUGGUUAACAUGGGCCGCAAAGGGUGGCUCAGCUGCAGAAGUCGAACGUUGCAGUAAAAGGGCACUGCUGGCAAUUCGGAGAGAAGUCGGUGGUUUGAGCGUGCGGACGAGAUGGGACGUGCAUCCAGCAUGUCCAGUUUUAAAGCCCAUCACCUUUUUGGAUCCUCUUGCCCUUUCACACUCAGCAGCACAAGCUAAAUUAGCGUACAUAGCCACACAGACCACCCGAUCAUGAAUUUUCGAUACAGGUUGGGGAUCUGGACAGAGGUGCUAAAAACACCAAGCAGCCAGCCUGGACAAAUGCAGGAGCCCCAGAGCUUGCUAGGGAGACCUCCCAGAAACCGCCCAGACUGGCCCUUGGUUUUAUUCCCAUGAAAGCCUAUGGGAAUUCUGGGGCCCCUGCAGGUUCCCUGAAAAUCACCUGUUUACAUCCUGGGGCCUGGACGGGCUCUCUGACUGUUCCUGACAGAUGAUGCAGUGCAGCUGUGCUGCGCAGGCUGACAGUGUGGAUCAAUGGUGCUCAGUGACAGUACAGGCCAAGACCUGUAAACUGACUGGUCAAGCAGGCAGCCCUGGUUACAGAUUCACACUGAUAUAGUGCAGAGCGGGUCAUUUUGCCCAUCAUAUUUAUCCUGACCCAUCUAUGCAAAUUCCAUCCACCAGCACGGGAUCCAUUGCCUUCCAUGCACUAACAAUGCAAGUGCUCGUCUUGGUAUUGCUUAAAUGAUGUGAGAGACUCUGCCUCCACCACUCCCUCAGGCAGUGCAUUCCAGAUCCUUACACCUCCCUGGAAAGUUUCCUCUUAUAACCUCGUCCCUCUUACCCGAAGGCGGUUUUAUGCACCUCUGCUAUGAGGAAUUGCUUCUACAACCUACUGCUUCAUAAAAGCCUUUUAGGAUCACUAAGUCAGCCUGCGAGUUAAGAAUGACAUUCAAGACGCUGGAGGAGCUCAUCAGGUCAAGUGUGCAGAGAAAUGGACAGCCAAUGCUUCAGUUUGAGAAACCUCACCUGGACCCACUAAAGCACAGCUGGUUCUAUAGGUCAGUAGCAAUUGAUUCACAUUGAUCUUAUUGCAAUACUAUCCAUAUUGAAGCAGAUAUUAGACCAUAUGACCUCCCAAGUGUGGAGCAAGAUUAUCAGUACGAGAGGCUGGGAGCAUACCAAGGCCAUCGUGAGCUGAGAGUCAGCCCCCUUGGGAGAGAUUGAGCUUCAAGCCCCAUUGAUCCUUUCCUACAGCAAGCCGACUGUCCACUCCUCACUUACGGAGGUAGUGUGGAAGUAAAGUCUGAUAAAGAUUGACUCUGGAGUUUUGUCUUCCCCCUCAGAGACAUCAGAUUAAAGCUCACCCCCUUGUCAACUAGGCCAUUGCUUCAGGAGCUGCAAAGCACUAUUGUCAAUGUCUGGCUCUUGUUGGUGAAAGCACUCCCUCGGCCGUGGUUCAGACACACCAUCAAUACCUGCUCUGCGGCUACCUCUGUUCCCCCAAGAUUUCCUGCUUGUCUUUUCAGCACACCUUCUCGUGGUCCCUGCACAGGGGUCACUGCUAUAUUCUUCCAUGCCUGACUCACGCUAUUCUUAAGACUGCCUCACUUUUGUUGCUUAAAUCUAGCAUCAAUUUGUCCUGUAGGUGUUGGCUUACUCGGCUGGAGUAAGCAACAUUUUGUGCAGAGUGCAUUGAGUUAUGGAGCCAUAUAGCAUGGGAAAAGGCCCUUCAGCCCAAAUCCCCCAUGCUGACAAGGAUUUCUAUGUAUGCUGGUACCAUUUCAAACCAUGGAACAAAGAACAUUACAGCACGGUCAGGCCAUUUGGCACACCAUGUUGUACUGACUUUUUAACCAACUGCAAGGUUAAUCUAAUCCUUUCCUCUUCAUGGCCCUCCAUUUUUCAAUCACCCAUAUGCCUAUCUAAGAGUUUCUUAAAUGCCCCAAACGUAUCUGUGUCUACCACCACCUCUGGCAGGGCACACCUACCACUCUCUGUUUAAAGAACUUACCUUUGAUAUAUCUCCUGUACUUUUCUCUAUCACCUUAAAGUUAUGCCCCCUGGGAUUAGCAAUUUGGAAAGAAGUCUCUGUCUAUGCCUCUUAUUAUCUUGUACACCUCUAUCAAGUUCAAAGUAAAUUUAUUAUCGAAUUACAUGUAUGUCACCAUAUACAACCCAGAGAUAAAAUUUCUUGCAGGCAUACUCAAUAAAUCAAUAAUAGAUUAAUAACCAUGAUAGGAUCAAUGAAAGACCACAGCCCAAAUUGAUCAUUCAACCGGUGUGCAAAAGACAAACUGUGCAAAUACAAAAAGAAAGAAAUAAUAAUAAUAAAUAAACAAGCAAUAAAUAUCGAGAACAUCAGAUGAAGUGAGCCGAUAGGUUAUGUAAACAUUUCAGUGAUGGACCAAGUAAAGUUAUCCCUUUUGGUUGAAGAGCCUGAUGGUGGAGGGGUAAUAACUGUUCCUGAACCUGGUGGUGUGAGUCCUGAGGCUCUUGUAUCUUCUUCCUGAUGGCAGCAGCGAGAAGAGAGCAGGUCCUGGGUGGUGGGGAUUCCUGAUGAUGGAUUAUUUUCCCUGUGACAGUGUUUUGUGUAGAUACACUCAAUGGUGGGGAGAGUGUUCCCCAUGAUGAACUGGGAUGUACUCAUUGCUUUUCAUAGGAUUUUCCAGAGCAUUGGAGUUCCUACAAUCAACCUUCCUUGGCCAAAGUUGCCGUGGUCACAUGAUGCACUGAAAUCACAGUACAUCAGGACAGUAUUAAUUUGCUGCACAGGCAUGGGCUCCCAAACAUAUUCCCCUCUCAUGAAUCCCUGUCCCAUUGGUUAGCAGAAAAGGACUGCUCUCAACUCUUCUAUGACCCUUUGAAAUCAUUAUCUCCUCAUGACCCCUGGGAACCACAAAACCCAGCAAGCUCCAUCUCCCCCACCAGACCAUCAAUGUCAAGGAGUAGUGGACUCACCAAGUACAGCAACAGCAAAAUCCCUUUCACUUUCCCUCCAGCCGUAGAUGCCUGUUUACUAGAGGGGAUCAAAUGUCAUUUUCCUUAGUUCUGUGCUAAAGCUGAUCCAAGAGAUACAAGUAUUUGCCAUCCAGCAGGGAAAGUCAGUGCGAACUCCUUUCUUAUUACUCCUCAUUGAGCUGUGGCAGGGCUGUAGAACAAUCACCCUCAAGGUGUAAAGCAGCCUCUCUACUUGUGAACAUCAUUUCUUUUCUGAAGUUUGUAAGCACUAAUAUUCUUCUAAUAAAGUGAUCUUUUGCACUGAGAUGCACAGUGUUUCUUUUGCUAACAGAUGUUAUUUGUGAGAAAUACUGCAAUAAAGAUU